AUGAACAACUACCCGGCAGACCCUCUAAAAACCCUCAUUGACUCAGGAGCCACAUCAAACUUCAUCUCUCCCUCGAUCGUGGAAAAAUAUAAAAUCCCAAAAACCCAACUUGAAAAUCCACAAGUUGUACAACUUGCGGUCUCGGCCAAUGGCCACCCCCACACUAUCCCAUUUCUUGUUUGCCCCAUUGGCAACACCCCAGCAAUCUUAGGCAUGACAUGGUUAACGGCAGAAGCCCCUCUUAUUGAUUGGCAACAGGGACUAGUCACAUUCCCUGAACAAGUUCAGAUUGCCUCCGAGGAAGAAGCAGACUCAGACCCAUUGGUAGACCUUCCUCCCCAGUACCACGAGUUUGCUAAAGUCUUUGGUGAGGAAGAAUUUAAGGUCCUCCCUCCACAUAGGGAGUACGACAUCUCCAUAGACCUUAUUCCAGAUGCCAAACUAACCCCUGGUCCCAUAUACGGCAUGACUGAUGCGGAAUCUAAAGCACUCAAACAACACAUUGACAAGGAAUUAGCCACAGGCAAGAUCCGCCCUAGUACCUCCUCAACAGGCGCCCCGGUCAUGUUUGUGAAGAAGGCAGAUGGAUCUCUUAGGCUGGUUGUGGAUUACCAAAAACUCAAUGAUGCAACCCACAAAAACGUAUACCCGCUCCCAAGACAGGAUGACCUCAUGGCAAAGUUAAGGCAUGCCAAGAUAUUUACAAAGCUCGACUUACGCUGGGGCUACAAUAAUGUCAGGGUCAAGGAAGGAGAUGAGUGGAAAACAGCGUUUAGAACUAAAUACGGGCUGUUUGAGUAUCUAGUCAUGCCUUUUGGCCUCACCAACGCCCCAGCCGCCUUCCAGCACUUUAUGAACAAUCUAUUCAGGGACCUGAUUGACGUAACCGUGGUUAUCUAUCUAGACAACAUCCUCAUCUUCUCUGAAAAACCAGAAGACCACCCAGCUCAUCUGUCCAAGUGCCAUUUUCACGUCAAUACGGUAGAUUACUUGGGUAUUGUCAUAUCACCUGCCGGCUUCUCCAUGGACCAGAAAAAGAUUGAGGCAGUCACGUCAUGGCCACAACCCAAGACAGUUAAACAACUCUGUCGCGCGCCCCUGCAUAAUCUCACCAAAAAAGAAACCCCUUGGUCAUGGGGUAACCUAGAAGAGGCCGCAUUCCAGGAACUAAAGCUUCUUGUCACCCAAUCACCAGUCCUUGUCCAUUCCAACCCGGAUCUACCCUAUUACCUUGAAACAGACGCAUCAGGAGUAGCAAUGGGAGCCAUACUCAGUCAACGAGGUCUAGACAAUCGGCUUCAUCCAGUAGCAUACAUGUCCAAAUCCUUCUCCGGCGCUGAAGCUAAUUAUGACACACACAACAAGGAGUUAUUGGCAAUCAUUAAAGCACUGGAGGAAUGGCGAAUCUUCUUAGAAGCAACGGAUAGACCCAUUCAGGUGUUCACUGACCAUUGGAACCUGGAGUACUGGAUGCAGGCACGAACCUUCAAUUGUAGACACGCCCAGUGGCGCACCUUCCUGAGCAAUUUCAAUUUUGAGAUCCAUUACCGCCCGGGAAAACAGUCAGGGAAGCCAGAUGCCCUAUCCAGAAGAUCGGACUACACGGAUGAACCAAGAAAACCGGAGGUCAUGCUCCCAGCAGAAGUGUUUGCAAAUACGUCGGAAGAGGAACUUGAUAUUGUCACAGAAAUACGUUCCAGGUUAAGGGAAGACCCUUCCCUGGACCAGAUCAUCCAAUUCCUGACAGAAGAUGCAGAUAAUGCGCCUCCCUCCAUCCGAAAGGCCUAUCGGGAUUAUGACUGGGAGGAAGAUCUCCUAUGGUAUCGCGGAAAAUUGGUAGUACCGGACUUUGAACCUCUGAAGGAUCGGUUACUUAAGGAAUUCCAUGACUCCCCGCUAGCGGGCCAUCCAGGGCAACAGAGAACCUUGGAACUCCUCAGUCAAAACUACUGGUGGCCAGGCAUGAAGUCAUCAGCCAAGGAAUGGGUAGAGUGCUGUCCCACCUGCCAAGCCAAUCAACGCGCUCACAACCCGGUCAUCUCCCUAAAACCCCUAGAAGUCCCACCAUUUCCCUUCCACACCAUCUCUUACAAUUUCAUUACGGGGUUCCCCAGAUCAAACGGACACGAUGCAAUCCUAGUGGUCAUUGAUUCUUUUUCUAAGUUUGGGCACUUCAUUCCAACCUCAAAGAAGGUCACAGCCAAGGGUCUGGCGGAUCUAUUUGUCAGUCACGUAUGGAAGCUGCACGGGUUACCAAUCAAAACCAUCUUGGAUAGAGGCACCACUUUUACAGGAAAAUUCCUUAGGGCUCUCUACCAAAGGUUGGGAAUCAAGCCAUUGUUUUCCUCAGCUUACCACCCGGAAUCAGACGGUCAAACAGAGAGGGUAAAUCAGUUCAUUGAAUUCUACCUUUGUUCCUACGUAGCCGCGGAUCACUCAGACUGGGCCACAUGGUUACCUUUGGCGGAAUACGCGUAUAACAACGCCAAACACGCGUCUACAGGAAAGACACCCUUUGAAUUGGUCUACGGAAAAAACCCAGUGAUGAAUCCCUCCAACGUACCGUCCAACGUACCAGAAGCGGACCAGCUAGCGGACACCCUGGCCAACGAAUGGAAGGAGGCCAAAUCCGCCCUCAGAAUGAGCAAGGAAAAAAUGAUCAGGGACAAAGGAACCACUCCCAAAUACUCAAUUGGCGAAAUGGUCUGGCUAGAUGGAAAAAACGUGGAACUCAGGUCCAAUUCCAAUAAACUGGACCCAAGGAGACUAGGCCCUUUUGAGGUCUUAGAAAAAAUUUCCAGUCACGCUUACCGUCUAAAGCUGCCGGAAACUCUGAAGAUCCACAAUGUAUUCUACGUAGGACUAUUAUCCAAAGUCCACAAAUCCCCUAGUCAACCGUUUCCAGAACAACCCCCUCCAGAAACAAUUGAAGGGGAAGAAGAGUACAAAGUGGAACAGAUCAUCGACUCCAAAAGGCAACGAGGGAAAUGGUUCUAUCUGAUCAAAUGGAAGGGUUACGGUCCAGAAGACAAUUCCUGGGAACCAGAAGAACUCCUGGAGCACAGCCAGGAAGAAAUUCAACGUUUCAACAAGUUGCGACUGAAAAAGGCUCGUGACUCCGCCAAGAGCCUUUAA